GGGACGGUAAAUAGAAAGCACAAACAGGAAGUUGUUGUCAAGUGGCUUGUAGCAUUGCUAGCUUUGCGAAUAUUUUGCUGUUUAGAAUCGUAUUUUCUUUCAAUGCCGUGAACUUUUUAAAACAACAACUCUGGAGGAAGCCGUUGCUUUGCUGGAAUUAUAUCUAGUCGUGAUGAUAAUUUCAUUUUCCUGGGCUAUUUAUUUUAUAUUUGUGUCGAAACCGGUAGUAGGCAAAAACUAGCGAUGGAUUUCUCCAAAUUCCUAGACGAUGAUUUUGAUGUGAAGGACUGGGUGAACGGGGCCUUCAAGGUGGCACAGAAGGACACUCCGGGAAAAGCGGACACGCACGCAGCCACUCUCGUGAUGAAACUGCAGUUGUUCAUCCAGGAAGUCAACAACGCCAUCGAGGAGAGCAGCAGUCAAGCCCUGCAGAAUAUGCCCCGAGUGCUGCGAGAUGUGGAAGCUCUGAAACAGGAGGCUUCCUUCCUCAAGGAGCAAAUGGUCCUGGUCAAAGAGGACAUCAAGAAGUUUGAGCAGGACACUGUCCAGUCCAUGCAGGUUCUGGUGGAGAUAGAUCAGGUGAAGAGUCGCAUGCAGCUGGCAGCCGAAGCGCUACAGGAGGCAGACAAAUGGAGCACGCUGAGUGCAGACAUCGAGGAGACCUUCAAAACACAGGAUCUUGCUGUGAUCUCCUCCAAGUUGACGAGCAUGCAGAACAGUCUGGCCAUGCUGGUGGACACGCCUGACUACUCUGAAAAGUGUAUUCAUCUGGAGGCUCUGAAGAACAGAUUGGAAGCUCUGGCCAGCCCCCAGAUUGUGUCAGCGUUCAACUCCAUGUCAGUAGAGCAAGCCAAGCUGUUUGUCAAAGUCUUCACAGAGAUUGAUAGAAUGCCACAGCUGCUUGCAUAUUGUUAUAAGUGUCAGAAGGGUCAUCUGGUGAGUAUGUGGCAGGAUCUCUCUCAGAGUGAGCUCAGUCUGAAUCAGCAGCUCUCUGAAUUCUAUGACACCUUGCUGUCUACAUGGCACGCUCAGGUCCAGUGGAGCAGCCAGGUGUUCAAGAACCCGUAUGAGGUGGUGACGGUGUUACUGAUCCAGACUCUGGGGGCCAUGGUCCCAUCUAUUGCUGUGUGCCUGGGGACAGCUAUGGAGCGUGCAGCCCAGGAGCAGCGGCUUGACACCCUGCUGGAGCUCCACCACACCACAUCUACCUUUGGACACAGCCUAGAGGCUGCCAUGCUGCCACACCUGGGUGAGACUAACCUGCUGAAGGUGAAUGAAUUAGUGUGUGCGCUGUAUGACCCCUACAAACCUUACCAGCUGCAGUAUGGAGACCUGGAGGAAUCUCACCUCCUCAUCCAGAUCAGCGCUGUACCUUUGGAACAUGGGGAGGUAAUUGAUUGUGUUGAAGAGUUGAGUCACUCUGUUGGCAAGUUGUUUGGACUGGCCAGUUCUGCUGUGGACCGCUGCGUCAGACUCACUGAUGGACUCGCUGUGUGUGGCCUCCUAAAAGCUCUCAAAGCCCUCUUUACCAAGUAUACGACGGACUUCUCCACGACGCUGCAGUCAAUCAGGAAGAAGUGCAAGUUGCAGGAAAUGCCAAAUUCAUCUGUUUUCCAGGAGGACUGGACAGCCUUUCAGAACUGUGUCAGGAUUAUUGCAACUUGUGGGGAGUUACUGAGACAGUGUGGAGCCUUCGAGCAGCAGCUGUCAAAUAAGAUCCUGGGCACAGCAGGUAAGUACCUGUCUGAAUCGUACAGCCCCCGCAGCCUCACAGGCAUCCAGGAGGUGAGCGCCACAGAGAGAAAGAGUGCGACCAAGAAUCCCUGGCAAGAGUACAACUACCUUCAAAGGGGCAAUAUGGCAGAAUACAGCAGUCUGUUGGAGGUCCUGUAUUCUUUGAAGGAGAAGGGCACGGGUAAUUCCAGCCUUUUAGCUGAAUCCAGAACAGCUCUAAUCAGACUCAACCAGCAAGCCAACCAGCUUGCCUUCGACUCCGUCUUCCUGCAGAUCAAACAUCAACUCUGCCUCGUCUCCAAGAUGGAGAGUCAAGAGGCACCUAGUUUUGGAGACAGCUACACAGAAGACCUUCCUACCUUCAGCCUCUCUCCACAAGAGUACAUCACAAAUAUAGGACAGUACCUGAUGUCUCUGCCGCUCCAUUUGGAGCCAUUUGUGUCACAGGUGGAUCCGGCACUUGAGAUGGCCCUACAUGCUGGAAAGCUCCCCUUUCCUCCAUUACAAGGUGAUGACCUCCCUGAGCUGGACAACACUGCAGAUUACUGGCUGGGCUCCAUUGCUCGUGCCACCAUGCAGACUUACUGUGACUUCAUCCUGCUCAUGCCUCAACUCGGCAGCCAUUCCACAAAACAGCUGGCCACGGAUAUUGACUAUCUGAGUAAUGUGAUGGACGCUUUGGGGCUGCAGCCGUCUCGUGCUCUGCAGCAGAUUGUUACCCUGCUGAGGGCCAAACCUGAAGACUACAGACAAACGGCCAAACCGCUGCCUCGUCGUCUGGCCUCCACCAUUGCCGCCAUCCGUAGCAUUGACUACUAACAGCCAUGAAGACAGAUCUGUAUGUAUGCCAGCUUGCGGUGCGGAACUGAGAACUCUGAAAUGUCGCUGUUUGGUUCCUGUGUCGGACAGUGAAGGAUGACAUCAUUCCCGCGUCAGCUUAUAGUGUUCAUGGGAAUGUUGGAACGGUGAAAUCAGAGCAAUUUUGAAUUUUCCAAGCAGAUUGUAUGAUUUCAGUUCAUGGCUUCGCUUUGGGAAGCCCUACAAACCCAGACAGAAGUGAAAGGCUUCUUGAUUGUGCAUCUCAGUCUGACGGAAUUAACAAAAUCUCCCAUCAAAACACUAAUAAAUUGAUUUGCUUUUAUUGUAUUGGUAAAACCAAUUUGUAACAUUAUUUUAACACAUCUGCAUUGUUUUCUGUUAAUAUAUACAUUCAGCAGUUGAGGUUAAAAUUAAAAGUAAAGGUAUUCUCUAAGAUCAGGGCUGCACGGCACGUUUAGAGGACAAAUCUAUACGUAAGACAUUAAUUACACUGUAGUCUAGUGGAUUGUCAUAUUUUUAUAUUAAGAUAUUUUUGUUAUUCAUGACAAACAAAUGGGGUGUUUGUAACGUCAGUGCAGUUUAUGUUCUUAUCAGUUCUUCUUUCCAAAUCCCAGUUUGAUUGGAAUGUCAAUGUUCUGGAAGCCUUUAUUUUUUAAAGUUGUUAUUUUUUCCACUUUGUUGACAGAUGUAAGAUUUAUUUGUAUGUCCACAUCAUGGAAAUAGAUGCGGUUACUGUCACAAUAAAGUGUGUGAGGAAUGAAAGUGGACUUUACCGUUACAACCCCCCAGAUGAUAAGCCAUUAUGAUAUACUGUAGAGGUGAAACCAUUCAGUUCAUAAUUACUCAGCAACCUGGUUUGAUAAUCUAAUCCACUGCUUUUCAAAGUAUUUGAAUUCUAAUCCAUAUUUGUUGAAGCCAGUAUAUGUUCCACUUUAAUAAGUUACCUGCGCCUUCACCCCCCAUCCCCCAGAAAAAAAAAAGAAAAGAAAAACUGCUUCGGUAUGAACUAUACUUGACCAAAACUGAGAAAUCCUGUAUUUACUGCAUGGCUUAAAUGUGAUGGAUAAAUGGCUAUACGGUGACUUAAAUUAUUUCAUUGAAUUGUUUGAGAUUUUAUAAUAAAAAGCUGAUUCCUUCUUUUUUGCAGUUUGGCUGUUUCUCAUGAUAUUUCCAUUGGGGUUACAUUCAGUAUCAAUGUGGUGUCGAUGUUCCAGUUAAAUUUCAGUCAUCCUGUGGUUGUAGCUUUUUAAAUUUUUAUUUGUUUCAUUGAGUAUCUUUUGAAUCAGGGCAGUUAUUUAACUAAAAUAAGAUGUUUAAAGAUGUCAGCUUUGGCUCAGGGAAAUUGUAAUAAUCUAUUGCUAUUAUUUUCUGGUGUUAGCCUUAACACUUAAAGGAAAA